CGCAGAAAUAGCAAUGCCAUAGUCGUGUAGUGCGCACGAGAGAAACGAAACACGUCUGUGUCGUUGUGUGGUCGCCAAGUCGAGAGUGCAAGUGUCGAGAGCAGUCCGGGAGCCCCAAGUCCAGCCAGAUUGAAUUCGAGCCGCUCCCGGGCACACUCAGACAAUCGCGGAGGAUACUAGGCGCCCACGCGGCACCCACAACUCGUCCGCGAACCUCGAACCGCGAAUCGCACGACUCACUCUCUUUCGCACCGCCACCAUCCACCCGACUCCCCGCCGGCACUCCCCGUCUCGUCUGCCCUCUGCCGUCUCUUCUGGCUCGCGGCCCCGGAGCCUCGAUGAUGGGAACUGCCUGUGUUUGCCGAAUGCGCGGGUCCCGCGCUCCGCGGCCCAUCUAGCGAGAUCCUCUUCGCGUCGUAGACUCGUACUCAGUGACUUGCUCUCGACCUCGUUGAGCGUCAUCUACAGGUACCCGUGCUCUCCGCUGCCAGUGGUGUGCUGGGCACCUGGCUCGUUAGAGUAGACGGUCCAGGCUGAUAGCGCCAUCCCAUUUGCAGCGAGGCGCCGGCGCGGAAUGGCGUCCGCGUCCUCUUCCCGCCGCCUGGCGCUCGUAGCCCUCUCGUGUAUUGGUCAGAAUGCUUUAACAGCCCGUUCUUUUGCCUUCGCGCGCCCCGUCCUUCUGCAUGGAACUACGCCAGCGUCGUGAUAUGCGGAAUCGCAUCCGCGCCAUCGCCCUCCCACGUGGAUCUCCCGCACGAUGCCCAGACGCCGCGUCCGCGGCCGGUCGCGCCGUCACUCCUCUUGCCAGCAGGACAUCCGUGUCGCCAAGCGAUGCUGGCCACGACCUUUCGAGUGGCAUUUCCCCGCGCGAUCUCCUCGUGUCCCAGACUCGGCCUCUCGCGCUACUCCCCGCCGCACUGGCAUACCAUCGUCUCUGAGCCCCCCGCACCGCCUGGCGCACCCCACGUCGCACUCGGAAAUAGGUUCGGAAGCACUCACCUCGACUACCGUCGUCCUUGUUGCUGGAGCCUAGCGAGUCUCUGCUGCAAAAAUCCGCUUCGUGCUGACUCACAGGCGGUGUCGAGAAGCAGCAGGCGUCGAGAGGGGGGCGCUCGUGGUGGGAGAGAACACGGAGAGGCCGAGGGAGACGUGUUUGCGGAAGGCGAGAGCAACACAAAUGAUAGAGCACGAGGACGCGCUGAGCGCUGACGAAGGGAUGGAGACAGGGCGAUGAGAGGCAUCGGGCAGGGGUAAGGUCGCGAGAAAGAGGUGGAUGGGGGCGGGCAAGAAAGACGCAAGGCGGAGACAGCCCGGCGGGGCCACGUAGCCAUCGUAUAGCCCUGAUUAGGCCGUUUCACUGGGGUGGACCGCCGGCUGGCGUCCAGCCGGCUGCGCAGAGGUGCCGCCAGACCGCCAGAUUCAGGUCCAGCAAAACUCGGUCAAUCCCGCGCGGUUUACGUGCCAACUGCUUCGAACGCGGGCAGCAGGA